CGGUUCGUUUCGGCUCGCGCGGACGCACGGUGUUUGCUCUCGGCCCCAGAACCUGACGCCGGCUCUGCAUCCGCUGCUAGUGGACGCAUCUUAGUUGGCUGCGCGCGCGAAACGUUGUAGUGACCUUUUCGAAUUCAAAUCGUUUAUGGUUUAUAAAGUUUACACGGCGAGCGGAACCCCGCAAAUUACACCGAAUCUGCCGCCUGCCGUCGAAACAAAACACCGAGACAGGAGUCUGCUGUCUGCGUUUGAGUGAAGCGUCUUUGCGUCGUCGUCGUCGUCGUCGUCGCGGCGUUUUGGCUUCUAAUUGACCAUGUCCGUCCAGCGUUGAGGUCACCGUGUGUGCCGCGCGAAGAACGAACGACCGAGGAAUUAGCACGUGGACACCGGGUGAAAGACGGCCGCCAAUUCUCACUUUCGGGACGAGGAAUUGUUCAAAUUGGUGUCGCCGAAUUGAUUGAAUGCUUGUGGCGAGCUAAACCCACAUUCUGGCUCAAAUAUUUCCCAGCGCAUGACGCGAGUUACUAUAAAACGACUCAAAUAUUAGUCAUCUUCCGAUAGCAAAAAGUUAAGAAGCACACGAAGAAGAGGAAAACAACCGAGUGAUAAUGAGUGGCGAACGUCGACGGGAUAGCACUGAUGGUGAAUGUGUACGACAAGUUAAGUGCAUCGAGGCGAGCGGAAGAAGCCUCGCGUUGAGCAGAACUGCAGAUUACAAAGCGAAAAUUAAACCACCAAGAAGCGCCUAAGUGUUCAAAGUUUUUUUUUUCUGUUGUUUAAAUCAGAAAACACAAAGAAGAAGUGAAAGGGGGUGUUUCGGUCAAUGUGCCCUUGUUUAAGAUAAGUCUAUAGUUUAGAACCAAAUUGUCGAAACAAUCGUAACUGUGUGAUAGUAAAAAAAAACAAGUUUAAAUUUUGAAAUUAACAAAGGAAUGGAACGCACAAUGACGAUCAUGGAAAACGUCCAUCAUCGAAGUCAAAGCUCCCACCUGACAGGGGAACUUUACUGUUCCGGGGAGCAGCUGGUGGUGCCGCCAAAUCUCGGUGAAGGAACGCAGGCCAUUCAGUUUGCCAUAACUGCGAGCAGUUUGAUGCAGCAAAAUGAAACAGUGCUGAGCCAUUGCAUUGCAGCGGGGACGGCAACCACGAGCGGGAUCACCUCCUCCGGAACGUCUACUACCACUAGUCUGGCGGUUGGCUCAGUAGAUGAAUUAGUCAUGAAAAAUGCCGAUUGUGAAAUGAAGCUUAGCUGCCAGUCGGACCGAAUGGACGUGAUGGUGGAAUCUCCCAGCAAUCGAAUGCGGGUUGCGCUGAGCGUUGUCAUCCGUCUACUGCUCCCGCUUACCCAUGGACUGGCUCGGGGUUGGAAUGGACUCCGGGGUUUCCGGUUGCUACAACUACUGCGCAAGUUACGCGAAAGUCGAGGCCUACUAACGACGCUGUUUGCAGCCGCCGCCAACUCCGUUUCCAUGAGCUUAUCCUCGGUACAAGUUGCUCACCGGAUCAAUCCACUGCUUCGGGUGAUCAAACUUCGUAAGGAUCCCUGUCUAAGAGGAGCGAUCGAAGGUCCUGCUGGAAAAAAUAAGAAACAUGUGCAAUCGAAACAGGCUGGCAUCCUCCGAGAGAUCCCUGAUAAAUGUGUGGAGUUGGUUGUGUUGGCAGAACCACCUGCUGGAGUACCGAUCAGGGCAGAUAUCAUCCUGAUCCAUGGUCUACAUGGGUCACUGGUCAACACCUGGAAGCAAGGGCUGUGGAACAGUGAUGGAAAGCUCGAGCACUUCGAGCGCCCACCGAAACCGCCAAUACGGCCACCAAAACGCCAAAGACAUUCCAGGGCCAAUCUGAUUGUCCCGUCCCAUCACUCCAAGAAACCCAAAUAUGAAGAGGACAGCGAUGAUGAGUGGAGCGACGAGGGCCCUCAAUACAGUCAAAUAUCUCAACAGCAACAAUCGACCUCGUAUCGAUACGGAAAGAGGCGGUUCACCUACGAGUGUGGCCAACCGGAGAACGUUCAGUUCGCAGAUGACAUGGAGUACAGCUUUCCCACAUUCCGACUACGCAUCGAGGACGAGGAAUCGAAACCUCGGAUAUCGCAGAGCUACACCGAGAAACAUCACCACGGCAAACGGAAACCAAAGCCGAAGAAGGAUGAUUCGUGGUCCGCCUGUUGGCCCGGGGAUUGGUUACCGAUCGAUUGUCCCGGGGUUCGAGUUAUGGCCAUCAACUACACCACCGAUCCGUACCUCUGGCGCCCACUGUGGAUUACCAAAAGGAAUCGAUCCGGUUUGGUAGAGCGUGCCCGCGAAAUGGCGGACAUGCUGAUCGCCAAGGGUGUUGGCAAGGGGCAUCCGAUCGUGUGGGUCGGUCACUCGAAGGGCGGUAUCUUCAUUAAGCAGAUCAUUGUGGAUGCGUGGGAAAGUGGACGUCCGGCAGCCGAGGCACUGUGGCGUUCCUCUCGCGGAACGUUCUUCUACUCUGUUCCGCAUAGGGGCAGUCCGCUGGCGGAUUUCAAUCUGCCCCUGCUGCGCCAAUCAGUGGAGCUGACCGAGAUACAGAAGAACUGUCCCAGUAUUCUGGAGCUCCAUCGUCGCUUCGUGGCUCUGUACCGUGGAGGGCACCUGAAAAUUGACGUAUUCAGCUUUGUCGAAACGGCCCUGACACUGAUGUCGGUCCUCUACCUGCGUAUCGUCGGUAUUGAUUCAGCCGAUCCCGGCAUCGGAGAGGUCUGCGGUGUGCAUUUGGAUCAUCGAGAGAUCUGCAAACCGCGCAGCCGCCAAUGCAUUCUUUACACCGAGCUGGUCAAAAUGAUUAAUAAAGUCAGCUAGAUACGGAAACAGGAAGCCCGUCGAAAGGACAACAAUAGAUAUAUUUGUUUUAAAAUAUUCUCUAGUUUUUGUUUUAUGCAGGAGUUUGUUUUAUCGUUAAUACCUAGGUAGAACUUUUAUCCAAUUUUGAAGCUAAGAACUACCACAUUUCUGGCGUAGCAUUAUAAAAUUGUAUCUUUUCAACAUAUUUCUCCUCAACAGUUCAAUCCACUUGUCAAGAAAAUAUCAAAAUAUUUUCCUCAAGAUUAUUAAAAGUUUCAUAAAGACAAAAGACAAUAUAUUUUUCCCAAUGCGACGCUAGACCUGUUAAUAAAAUAUUUUUUAAAUUCAAACGGAUGUGACAUAAUUGGGUUCUUAGAACCGUUCAAGUUUUAAAAAUAAGUUACCGUCAGAACGCCAGAUCGAUAGCAAGCAUAAAUGUACUUGAGCCUUAGAGCGAUGAUAAUACGUAAACUAGGUGACAUUACCAAAACCAGAUUAACCGUAUACGAAACUUUUACUAUUCGUCAGAUUUUUCCGCUUUAAACCGAUGCCAAAAAUAAGCAUUCUAAUCAUCAGAUUUCAAUAGAAUUUUACAAUUCAGUGAAUCAGUCGCCAUUCAGUACUGUGAGCAAUACCUAUAUGAAAUGAAUAAGGAAGUGAAAAGUUUUUCUAAACAUUAUUUUUGUAAAAGUUUACCCGUAAGUUAUCAUUGAAAAUGAAUUGAUAAUUAUGUAAGCAAUGUGAUAAAUAGAGAUUAGUCUUUUAAAUAAACCAGCAACCAAACGAA